AUGCUGACCUUUACGCAAGGACUAGUCUACAAAUUACUCUGUAGGUGGUGGUGUAUUCCUUGGGUCUUAUUACUUGGGCUAUUGAAUGGAAAGCGUGACAAAAUCCUCUACAAGGGUGAGGAUGAAUGCAAGUUGGAAGUGCAUUUCACGGUGAAUCUUCUUGGCAAGAGUAGACUGAACAAGGUAUAUGGAUACGACAACAGCAGUCAGCCUGCAUCUUGGGUGAAGAAAACCAACAACGAAACAGUGCUCAAAGAGGCUGUCAUAUCCAACCAGGAAUCUAAGCUCUUGAAGAAUUGGAAUCGGCUCGCCAAUCGUUUUCAGAAUAGCAUGCCUUUGGAAGAUGAAGACGACGACUUGAACUGGACACAAGUGGCCAUAGAUCUGGGGUGGAAGGAACCUGUUGGAAAGAUUGCGGAUGAAGCGCUUGUUACUCUCAUUGAGAGUGAGUUGGAAGCGAGGGGAACAUAA